CUAUUUGCUCCCCGUUUCCAGGGAAGGAAAACAGAAGUUGAAGAAUUUCAGUAGGCACCGAAAUUCCUCCGCAUUCUUAAUUACCGGGGUAAUGCAGAGGGAAUUUGCGUUGGCCUAGCUAUAGCUUCCCUUUGAAAUACGACUUUCCAUUGGAGGAAUAGAUUGGGUUCAAUCCAGAAGAGGGGCGCUAUGGGUGAACGCACACUUCAAGAUCGACGGCCCGUCGUGCACUCUGUCUUGCCAGUUUAGACCUGCCGAUAGCCGUUCCUGCGUGUCAGGACCGCAGCAGGCGACCGAAGACCCUAACUGAUGUGCCCCGUACAUCGUGCCGAGAUGGUGCCCGUCCACGUCACGGAGAGGGUCUGCUUGACUCCGGAACCGCUAGAGAAACACUGCUACAAGAGCUGUUGCGAGUACGAACAGGGGCACCGCUACAUAGAGGACGUACGGUACGUGCUGGGUCUGUCUCAGGUGCACUACCUGACGUCCUACAUCCACAACCCUACUCACCCGUCCACGCCUGAGUACCACAUCAGCGCCGUGCGGUGUGAGCCUCGCCACAAACCACGCCGGUGGCUGUCUACAGUCAUUCUGUAUCCCAAGAGGCCUGUUAGGAGCUACACCUCUACAGUGGAAUACAGAAUGGACAACAGACCCACUACGCGGAAGUUGUACAUGACCAAACUAGACAUGGCGGUCGAGGAAAACGACAUCGUCGCCACGAACAUGUUAUACUUCCCGAAGAGGCGAACUCCGUCCUUCUGGUCUUUCUUCGUCACCGAGGUUAACAACAAGGCGUUGGGCAGGAAAUUCGACGAACUGAAUAACUUCAAGAUCAAGCGUGAAUGGAGAAAACAACUGUCCUUGCAAGUAAUAGCGUAGACUAAUGCCACCUCAAGAAUCAAUCUAAGGCCACGGCAAGUAAUUUUUAUGGAUGACACC